GGUAGUUGGACCAGUUACAUCGAUGCAUCAUUAACGAGAUUGAGGACUCCAGACCAAUACAAACCAUCCGUAGUAUUAACACGUUUUCGUCUUUUUGGAAACGGAAAGAAAUAAGCAUGGAGACAGGCGAUGGGAGUUUGUGAGCUGAAUGUCAACGAUAGAUAGUAAAUACAACUCUGCGUUGUCUAACUGCCAUAUUCAAGUAUUUCAGUCACCACCAGAACGUUUGUCAGAAUGCCUCGAGUCAAUCUCACGUGAGAUUUGCCUUUUGACUAAACGAUGGUAACAUUUCACAUGGACAACUGUAGUUGUUAUAGCUUCUGCCGAGAAUAGGGUCUACACAUAACCUAACUAUCUACAUACAAUGGGCAGAGCCGAUCAGCUAUGCAACAUUUGUUGUGCUUUGCUUUGAAUCAUAAUGUCGCCAUGGAGACGCGCUAUUCACACCCUCAAGACAUUCAGCAGAGCAUCUCCAUCAGCGAGGGGCCUGUGUAUCCCGACCAGAGCGGUAUGCGAUGCUGAGACCAUCUUUGCCCUGUCGUCGGGCCACGGCAGGUGUGGGGUGGCGGUGGUCCGUGUCAGUGGUCCUGCCUCCUCCAUGGUCCUGAGCAACAUGGCAGGUCUGACCCAGGCUCUACCCCCUCCUCGUACCGCUCUGCUACGGAGGAUCACUGACCCCCAGUCCAAAGAGUUGCUGGACCGAGGACUGGUCCUCUGGUUCAAAGGUCCCCACAGCUUCACAGGGGAAGACAGUGCAGAGUUUCAUAUUCACGGAGGUCCUGCAGUCAUCACAGCUGUCUUACAAGCCCUAGGAAGCCUGGAGGGUGUGAGGCCUGCGGAGGCAGGUGAGUUCACGCGGAGGGCCUUCCACGCGGGGAAACUGGGCUUGACGGAGGUGGAGGGCCUGGGGGAUCUGAUCCACGCUGAGACUGAGGCCCAGAGGAGGCAGGCCCUCAGGCAGAUGGAUGGCGAGCUGGGCCGCCUCUACCAGGACUGGAGUUACAGGCUCAAACGGUGUUUGGCUCACGUGGAAGCCUUCAUAGACUUCAGUGAAGAUGAGCUCAUCGAGGACGGGGUGUUAAAUCAAGUGGACAGUUCAGUGCGCCAGCUGGAGACAGAGAUAGAGAGACACCUAAAGGACGAGAGGAGAGGAGAGCGGCUGCGCACCGGAGUACAGGUGGUCAUAGCAGGAGCUACCAAUGCUGGGAAGAGUAGUCUGCUCAACACACUCUGCCAGCGUCCAGCAGCCAUCGUGUCCCCCAUCGCGGGCACCACCAGGGACAUUGUAGAAACCUCUCUGGACAUUGGAGGCUUCCCUGUCCUCCUGAGUGACACCGCAGGGCUCAGAGACUCCUCAGACAGCGUGGAGAGAGAGGGGGUCCGUAGAGCCCGUCAGAGGGUGGAGCAGGCUGAUCUGACCCUAGUAGUGGUGGACUCCACGCAGCUACCCCCAGACCCUCAGCUAGUACCAGCCUUCCUCCAGGAGUACCUCAGCACUGUGCUGCCCAGCCCUGAGGCCGGCAUGAAGGCUGCGUCAGACAGGGUCCUGCUGGUGCUCAACAAGAGUGAUCUGGUACCUGAGGAGCAGAGGGAGAGAACAGAGGGAGAGCUGAGAGAGAUCACAGGUCUCCCUCCUGCAUGUUUUCUGUCCUGCUAUACCAGUACAGGGCUGGAGGAUUUCCUCACUGUGCUGCAGAGCAGGGUCAAGACUCUGUGUGGUGACCCUCUGAGCGGAGCUCCCAGUCUGACCCAGGCCCGUCACAGAGCCCACCUCCAGCAGAGUGUCCAGGCCCUGAACCAGUACCACCAGUACAGAGACCAAGAUCUGGCCCUGGCCGCAGAGGGGGUCCGCCUCGCCCUCACCCACCUGGGACGCAUUACAGGACGGGUCGGAGCCGAGGAGAUCCUGGACAUCAUAUUCAGAGACUUCUGUAUAGGGAAAUAAAUGGUGGAAUAUGGAUACAUCUCAUGCAGAAAGGACACUCUCACACUAGAUCACGUGACAGGGAGGAACACUAACACAGACUUUAAAUGUAGUUAUUCUAGCAAGAUACCAAAAUGUAACUAGUGUAUUUCAUUGUUUGUCCUGAUCAUUUGACCUGGUGGAUCUCAACUCUAGCCAUAGCCAGACUGAAGAAGUGUAAACAUCUUAGCAGAUCAUCUGUGACUCUCUACUGAGUCACUGUUUGAGUCAUCAUCGCUCUGUGUUCUGUGGGAAAUAAAUGGUUUGGUAGGCGAUCAUCUCUGUGUUAAAUGGGAAAUAAAUGGUUUGGUAGGUGAUCAUCUCUGUGUUAAAUGGGAAAUAAAUGGUUUGGUAGGUGAUCAUCUCUGUUCUGUGGGAAAUAAAUGGUUUGGUAGGUGAUCAUCUCUGUGUUCUGUGGGAAAUAAAUGGUUUGGUAGGUGAUCAUCUCUGUUAAAUGGGAAAUAAAUGGUUUGGUAGGUGAUCAUCUCUGUGUUAAAUGGUUUGGUAGGUGAUCAUCUCUUGUGUUAAAUGUGAAAGAAAUGGUUUGGUAGGUGAUCAUCUCUGUGUUAAAUGGGAAAGAAACGGUUUUGGUAGACGAUCAUCUCUGUGUUAAAUGGGAAAUAAAUGGUUUGGUAGGUGAUCAUCUCUGUUAAAUGGGAAAUAAAUGGUUUGGUAGGUGACCAUCUCUGUGUUAAAUGGGAAAUAAACGGUUUUGGUAGACGAUCAUCUCUGUGUUAAAUGGGAAAUAAACGGUUUUGGUAGACGAUCAUCUUUGUGUUCUGUGGGAAAAAGAAGGUUUGGUAGGCGAUCAUCUCUGUUCUAUGGGAAAAGACGGUUUGGUAGGCGAUCAUCUCUGUUCUAUGGGAAAGAAACGGUUUUGGUAGGCGAUCAUCUCUGUGUUAAGUGGGGAAAAGAAGGUUUGGUAGGCGAUCAUCUCUGUGUUAAGUGGGGAAAAGAAGGUUUGGUAAGCGAUCAUCUCUGUGUUAAGUGGGGAAAAGAAGGUUUGGUAAGCGAUCAUCUCUGUGUUUUGUGUGAAAAAGAAGGUUUGGUAGGUGAUCAUCUCUGUUCUGUGGGAAAAAGACGGUUUGGUAGGCGAUCAUCUCUGUUCUGUGGGAAAAGACGGUUUGGUAGGUGAUCAUCUCUGUGUUUUGUGGGAAAAAUAAGUUUUGGUAGGCAAUCAUCUCUGUUCUGUGGGAAAAGACGGUUUGGUAAGCGAUCAGUGAAUUUUAUUGAAUUUUAUUUGGGCAAAAGACAUACAACACGUGUUCCAGAGGAUAGCACUUAAAAGUAUUAAUGAAAACACUUGUUUCCAAAGUGGUCCUCUGGUAAACCAUAUAGAACAUAUCAUGAUUAAAAGUGGUCCUCUGGUAAACCAUAUAGAACAUAUCAUGAUUAAAAGUGGUCCUCUGGUAAACCAUAUAGAACAUAUCAUGAUUAAAAGUGGUCCUCUGGUAAACCAUAUAGAACAUAUCAUGAUUAAAAGACACAAAAUGUUCUGUUCUAUGGGAAAGAUACGGUUUGGUAGGCGAUCAUCUCUGUUCUGUGGGAAAGAGACGGUUUGGUAGGCGAUCAUCUCUGUUCUGUGGGAAAGAGACGGUUUGGUAGGCGAUCAUCUCUGUUCUAUGGGAAAGAUAUGGUUUGGUAGGCGAUCAUCUCUGUUCUGUGGGAAAGAGACGGUUUGGUAGGCGAUCAUCUCUGUUCUAUGGGAAAGAUACAGUUUGGUAGGCGAUCAUCUCUGUUCUAUGGGAAAGAUACGGUUUGGUAGGCGAUCAUCUCUGUUCUGUGGGAAAGAGACGGUUUGGUAGGCGAUCAUCUCUGUUCUGUGGGAAAGAUACGGUUUGGUAGGCGAUCAUCUCUGUUCUGUGGGAAAGAUACAGUUUGGUAGGCGAUCAUCUCUGUUCUGUGGGAAAGAUACAGUUUGGUAGGCGAUCAUCUCUGUGCCCUUUGUUCCCUCUCUCAAUCUGGCCUUGAUUAAAUAUUUAUGUUUCCUCGCUGAACUCCUCACCACUCCUCCCCAGUUUACUCCUUCUCACCCAGGUCUCUGUCACAUAGGCACUGCUCGGCCGUGCACGCACACACCGUCUCUCUGUCACACAGUCGUCUGUCACACCGUCUCUCUGAUGACAUAGACCCUGCUUUGCCGUGCACGCACUCACCGUCUCUCUGUCAUACCAUCUCUCUGUCACAUUGUCUCGCUGUCAUACCAUCUCUCUGUCACAUUGUCUCUCUGUCACAUUGUCUCUCUGUCAUACCAUCUCUCUGUCACAUUGUCUCUCUGUCACACCGUCUCUCUGUCACACCGUCUCUCUGUCAUACCAUCUCUCUGUCAUACCGUCUCUCUGUCACACCGUCUCUCUGUCACACCGUCUCUCUGUCACAUUGUCUCUCUGUCACAUCGUCUCUCUGUCACACCGUCUCUCUGUCACACCGUCUCUCUGUCACGCCGUCUCUCUGUCACGUCGUCUCUCUGUCACGCCGUCUCUCUGUCACACCGUCUCUCUGUCACACCGUCUCUCUGUCACACCGUCUCUCUGUCACAUCGUCUCUCUCACACCGUCUCUCUGUCACACCGUCUCUCUGUCACGCCGUCUCUCUGUCACGUCGUCUCUCUGUCACGCCGUCUCUCUGUCACACCGUCUCUCUGUCACACCGUCUCUCUGUCAUACCAUCUCUCUGUCACACCGUCUCUCUGUCACACCGUCUCUCUGUCACACCGUCUCUCUGUCACACCGUCUCUCUGUCACACCAUCUCUCUGUCAUACCAUCUCUCUGUCAUACCAUCUCUCUGUCACAUUGUCUCUCUGUCACAUUGUUUACUGCGGGUGUUGGAAGUAGAGGGCUGCGGGUCCCGACAGAGAUCAUUGUGGCGCAGUCUGUAUUGUUCAUGCUGCGGUUGGGAGCGGACGGUCAAACCAGACAACUUUGGGAUGCAACUCAAUAUUAGGAAGGUGUCCUUAAUGUUUUGUACACUCAGUGUAUGUGUGGUCCCAAUGCAAUAGAGUAGACUGUCUAUGCUGGGGUGGGAGAAGAACGGGGCAGAUAUCUUUCCAAGGAAAGGUACUUCCUAAAUAUGAUUAGGCUAUAGUUUACUACAUUGCCUAAAAAAAUAUUAUUGAUUACCCAUAUUUGUCUCUGUCUGAAAAUCGUCCCACUCCUAAAAGGUAGGCUAUAAAACGUUGCUCAAGAGAAAGUGAAAAUGUCUCCAACUUAGUUCUCUUUCAACUACCACUACCCUCUUGGCUGAUAGAGCCCAGUAAUACAGAUGACCUAAUAUAAUGGGCCAAGUGAGAAUCUCUGGUAAUUUAAACUAUUUCUUAGGUUAUUUUUGGUGGAUUUUGAUAUUGCCUAUAGGGCGCAAAAUUGCUGGACCAUGGCUGACAAGUGAGUUGUGUCCUCACAGACGCCUAAAUGAACGUUGCGGGACUAUGGUUGAGUUCAGGUCCAGUUAUGAAAAGCUGCGGGAGCGGAUGAAUAAAUCAGUGGCGCUCAGACCUCUAUAUUGAAACGCCUUUCUGUUUGGCAUCUACUCAGGCCUUGAUGUUUUCUCCAGCAGUUAGGGGAUGUGUUUGACCCAGCUGUAUAACACUGCUGAAUCAAUAGAGAACAAUGGAGAACAUUAAGUAACACAACAAAAAUACAAGCUAUUGGAAUUAAGGAAGUCUACAUGUGUGGGUGGCAAUGAGCCGACAUUUUGAUAAUGGACCUGUUGAUAUGUUAUUACAAGACGAGACACCAAUGGACGUGUCAUGGUUGAGUGAUGAGAGUAGUUUAACCUGCGUGGUAAUUGUGUUUCCUCUGACGGAGGUGGUUGUGCGUCUGUGUGCAUGCACGUGUGUUGUGAGGAACAGGGUGACUAUGGAGUGUAAUUAGGGGGCAAUCGGGUUCACGUUCACAGAUGUGCUCUGUGUGCGCACUCCCCCUGGUUGACCCAGGGUAAGACAGACUGUCUGUGUGUGUGUUUGACCGACCGCACGGGGGGAAAAAACAGUCCUUAAACAAAGGAUUUCCUGAGAACAGUAGAGGCUCCUUCACCUGUAGUUCUGUCAUGCAUGAUGAACAGACGCAGUCCCAGCAAGAUGUAUCUUAUAAACAAUCACUUUUUAGUUGAACUAUUAUUCGCCUCCAAGAGCGGCUGUAUGUUAUUAGGCCAUAGAGUGGCUGUAUGUUAUUAGGCUAUAGAGUGGUUCUAUGUUAUUAGGCUAUAGAGUGGCUGUCUGUUAUUAGGCGAUAGAGUGGUUCUAUGUUAUUAGGCUAUAGAGUGGUUCUAUGUUAUUAGGCUAAAGAGUGGUUCUAUGUUAUUAGGCUAUAGAGUGGCUGUAUGUUAUUAGGCUAUAGAGUGGCUGUAUGUUAUUAGGCUAUAGAGUGGCUGUAUGUUAUUAGGCUAUAGAGUGGUUCUAUGUUAUUAGGCUAUAGAGUGGUUCUAUGUUAUUAGGCUAUAGAGUGGCUGUAUGUUAUUAGGCUAUAGAGUGGCUGUAUGUUAUUAGGCUAUAGAGUGGUUCUAUGUUAUUAGGCUAUAGAGUGGUUCUAUGUUAUUAGGCUAUAGAGUGGUUCUAUGUUAUUAGGCUAUAGAGUGGUUCUAUGUUAUUAGGCUAUAGAGUGGCUGUAUGUUAUUAGGCUAUAGAGUGGCUGUAUGUUAUUAGGCUAUAGAGUGGCUGUAUGUUAUUAGGCUAUAGAGUGGCUGUAUGUUAUUAGGCUAUAGAGUGGCUGUAUGUUAUUAGGCUAUAGAGUGGUUCUAUGUUAUUAGGCUAUAGAGUGGCUGUAUGUUAUUAGGCUAUAGAGCGGUUCUAUGUUAUUAGGCUAUAGAGUGGCUCUAUGUUAUUAGGCUAUAGAGUGGUUCUAUGUUAUUAGGCUAUAGAGUGGUUCUAUGUUAUUAGGCUAUAGAGUGGCUGUAUGUUAUUAGGCUAUAGAGUGGCUGUAUGUUAUUAGGCUAUAGAGCGGUUCUAUGUUAUUAGGCUAUAGAGUGGCUGUAUGUUAUUAGGCUAUAGAGUGGCUGUAUGUUAUUAGGCUAUAGAGCGGUUCUAUGUUAUUAGGCUAUAGAGUGGUUCUAUGUUAUUAGGCUAUAGAGCGGUUCUAUGUUAUUAGGCUAUAGAGUGGCUGUAUGUUAUUAGGCUAUAGAGUGGCUGUAUGUUAUUAGGCUAUAGAGUGGCUGUAUGUUAUUAGGCUAUAGAGUGGUUCUAUGUUAUUAGGCUAUAGAGUGGUUCUAUGUUAUUAGGCUAUAGAGCGGUUCUAUGUUAUUAGGCUAUAGAGUGGUUCUAUGUUAUUAGGCUAUAGAGUGGCUGUAUGUUAUUAGGCUAUAGAGUGGUUCUAUGUUAUUAGGCUAUAGAGCGGUUCUAUGUUAUUAGGCUAUAGAGCGGUUCUAUGUUAUUAGGCUAUAGAGUGGCUGAAUGUUAUUAGGCUAUAGAGUGGCUGUAUGUUAUUAGGCUAUAGAGUGGUUCUAUGUUAUUAGGCUAUAGAGUGGCUGUAUGUUAUUAGGCUAUAGAGUGGUUCUAUGUUAUUAGGCUAUAGAGUGGCUGUAUGUUAUUAGGCUAUAGAGUGGCUGUAUGUUAUUAGGCUAUAGAGUGGUUCUAUGUUAUUAGGCUAUAGAGUGGCUGUAUGUUAUUAGGCUAUAGAGUGGUUCUAUGUUAUUAGGCUAUAGAGUGGCUGUAUGUUAUUAGGCUAUAGAGUGGCUGUAUGUUAUUAGGCUAUAGAGUGGCUGUAUGUUAUUAGGCUAUAGAGUGGCUGUAUGUUAUUAGGCUAUAGAGUGGCUGUAUGUUAUUAGGCUAUAGAGCGGUUCUAUGUUAUUAGGCUAUAGAGUGGCUGUAUGUCAUUAGGCUAUAGAGUGGCUGUAUGUUAUUAGGCUAUAGAGCGGUUCUAUGUUAUUAGGCUAUAGAGUGGCUGUAUGUUAUUAGGCUAUAGAGUGGCUGUAUGUUAUUAGGCUAUAGAGCGGUUCUAUGUUAUUAGGCUAUAGAGUGGCUGUAUGUUAUUAGGCUAUAGAGUGGCUGUAUGUUAUUAGGCUAUAGAGUGGCUGUAUGUUAUUAGGCUAUAGAGUGGUUCUAUGUUAUUAGGCUAUAGAGUGGUUCUAUGUUAUUAGGCUAUAGAGCGGUUCUAUGUUAUUAGGCUAUAGAGCGGUUCUAUGUUAUUAGGCUAUAGAGUGGUUCUAUGUUAUUAGGCUAUAGAGUGGUUCUAUGUUAUUAGGCUAUAGAGUGGUUCUAUGUUAUUAGGCUAUAGAGUGGUUCUAUGUUAUUAGGCUAUAGAGCGGUUCUAUGUUAUUAGGCUAUAGAGUGGUUCUAUGUUAUUAGGCUAUAGAGUGGUUCUAUGUUAUUAGGCUAUAGAGUGGUUCUAUGUUAUUAGGCUAUAGAGUGGUUCUAUGUUAUUAGGCUAUAGAGUGGUUCUAUGUUAUUAGGCUAUAGAGUGGCUGUAUGUUACUAAGCCCUUGCAGACAAUCCACAUGAUCAAAAUCACAUCACUUCAUGUUUGCAUCAUCAUAAGAGGGCGGCAGAGCAAGCUUCAAACAGGAAGCUACCCUCCAAGCACAACAUUUUUUUCCUGUUUUGAUGUUAAAGUUAUAAAACUUCCAUAAAUAAUGCACUUUGCCGAAUUCUGAUGUAUAUGUACAAAGUAUGUACUGGUGCAUCAAAUACAUGAAAAAGUUGCCAAUA